UUAAAUUUCACUAAAAUGGAUCAAAAGCUUGAUGAGCUAGCCCAGAAACUUGAUCUGGAAAGUAUAAAAGACAAGACUCUGAUGCAGACUAUUCUCAGUAAUUUUGAUAAGGCAAAAUCCCAACUAUCUUCUCUCCAAGAACUUGAAGAUUCCAACUCAAAGAAACUAAGCCAUUUUGAAUCUUCCCAGAAAAGAAUGGAGAAACUUCUAAAUCAAGUUGAAAACUUGAAACUUGAGAAAGCUAGUCUAAAGGAUUGGAACAGAAAUUUACAAGAAGAAGUAGAAGAGCUAACAGGGAUCAUUGAAGAUUUGAGGAAGCAGAGUCAAGAACUGCAGGACACCAAUUCAGAGAUUCUUCACGAAAAUGAUCACCUGGAUAAACAGGCUUCUAGCUUCAGAGGGAAAUAUGAAUCAUUAAAAGAAGAGAUUGUUAGGAUUAAACAGCAGAAUGAGAGCCAUGUACUCAAAAACAUGGGGCUUCAGGAUGAACUCAAUUCUGCUAAGGUCUUAGAAAACUCCCAAAGCUCUCAAUAUUGCUUAAAUUCCAAAGAAGAAUGUUCCAGCAGACUUAAAAAUCUUGAAGAUGAGAAUAAAGCUCUUAAGAGAGAAAAAGAAAGUUCUGAGGCGACUAUAUCUUUUCUCAAUGCAGAAGACACUAAGAAGGACAAAAUCAUCCAGGACCUCAAGAGCGAGCAAGCCUCUCAAAAAUCCCAAUACCAAGUCUCUAAAGUAAAAAUGCUUGAAAUUACUGAAGCCAAUGAUAAACUUAACCACACAAUUACCCAACUCAAGAACCAAGCCACUGCUCAAGAAGAAAAAGUUAAGAAAAUCCAAGCUAAAAACCUCGCUCACCUCUCUAAACUUGACCAACUGGAUGUAGCCAAGAAAGCCUAUGGGGAAAAGCUUAAGAAACUUGAAGAGAAGACCUCUAAGCUAGAAGAGAGGAACAGCAAGCAGAUUGCCAAGUUUAGAGAAGUUAAGCAGGAACUUGAGAAGGAGAGAGAGGCAGUGAAAGGAGUUAUGGAGCAGAUUGAAGGAGUGGGGAUUGGAUUUGAGCAGGAGGAUGGACUGGAGAAGGUUGUUGAUGCGGUGAAGAGGCUGAAAAAUGAGAAUUUGGAAGUUAAGAAGAGUUUGGAACAGAAAGAAGUGGAAAUUAAGAAGAUUUCGGUAGAGCUUCAAGAGUCUUUUGAUCACACUCUCCACACCUUCCAAGCAGAAGCGACCUCUAAAGCUAAUGAUCUAGCUAUUGAGAAGGAAAGCCAGAUACAGACCCUUAAGGAAGAGAACAGAGUUCUUAGUGAAGUUUGCAAGAAGAAGGUGACUGUUCUGAAGAAGAUAGCAGAAGAGGUUUAUAAGAAGAAGAUGACAAUGGUGCAAGAGUUUGUGAAGGAGAAGGCCGCUGAGGAUCUGUUGGAGUUUGAGGAUCCAGAUUUUGAGGGGAGUGAAGAAGAGGAGAAGGAGUGUAUGGAGAGAGAUGUUUUAAGACCGAUUGAAGGAAAUAAGCAUUUUAUUUCUAAGUCCUCUAGUAAAGUUCAGAUCUCCUAUCUUGAGGCACCUAAGGCCAUUCAGAAAAAGACUGAGUCUUCUCAUAAGAUUCAGAAAUGCCAGAGCGAUAGCUCAGUUGUCAUAGAAAAUCACAAGAUGCCUUAUAGUGGCCAAGAGAAUGAGAGUGAAAAUGUAGCAAAGAUGUAAAUUAAGUUGCAUAAUACCAGAGUUCAGUAAAUCCAGGA